AUGAGCAUUACCAAACCCAUAACUCUUUUGAGUAGAGACCUUUCUUUCUUCCAUUCUCUACUAAAAUCUCGUAUCCAUGGCGAAAACUCUUCUUCCCCGAUCACAAUCUUCCGUGACUUACUCCGUUCCUCUCUCAUACCAAAUCAUUUCACAAUCUCCAUCCUUCUCCAAGCCUCUACACCCUCUUCAUCUCCUCAUCAUGCCUCUGUCGAUUCGUUGAAGUUAGUCCAAACCCAUCUCACAAAAUCAGGUCUUGAUCGUUUCGUGUACGUGAAAACAUCUCUUCUCGAUCUCUACCUAAAAAUGGGUUUUGUUAAUACCGCACGAGUGUUGUUCGAUGAAAUGCCUGAGAGAGAUACAGUUGCUUGGAACGCAUUGAUUUCUGGGUACUCACGAAAUGGCUAUGAACGUGACGCGUGGCAGCUCUUUAUUUCAAUGCUUCAGCAAGGGUUUCUUCCAUCUGCAACCACACUUGUAAAUUUGCUACCUUUUUGUGGACAAUGUGGAUUCGUUUCUCAAGGGAGGUCUGUUCAUGGUAUUGCCGCAAAGUCUGGACUGGAAAUGGAUUCUCAGGUGAAGAAUGCGUUGAUUUCGUUUUAUUCAAAGUGUACAGAGUUGGAUUCAGCAGAAUUGUUAUUUACAGAGAUGAAAGAUAAAAGCACAGUUUCUUGGAAUACAAUGAUUGGUGCUUAUAGCCAGAGUGGACUCCAGGAAGAAGCUUUCACUGUUUUCAAGAAUAUGUUUGGGGAGAGAGUUGAGAUUAGUUCAGUCACUAUCAUCAAUCUUCUCUCUGCUCAUGUUAGUCAAGAGCCGUUGCAUUGUCUUGUUGUUAAAACUGGAAUGGUGAACGAUAACUCAGUGAUUACUUCUCUGAUUUGUGCAUAUUCAAGAAAUGGGUAUUUGGAUUCAGCAGAGCGUCUCUACGCAUCUGCUACAGAAGACAGUAUUGUUGGUCUAACUUCGAUUGUUUCAAGCUAUGCAGAGAAAGGAGAUAUGGACACUGUGGUUUUGUAUUUCUCUAAAAUGCGUCAGCUGUGUAUGAGAAUUGACGCUGUAGCUUUGCUUGGAAUCCUCCAUGGAUGUACAAACUCUUCCCACAUCGACGUAGGAAUGUCGUUACAUGGUUACGCGAUCAAAAGCGGAUUGUGCACGCAAACACUGGUUGUGAAUGGACUGAUAACAAUGUACUCUAAGUUUGAUGAUGUGGAGACUGUCCUGUUUUUGUUUGAGCAGCUGCAUGAGGCUCCUCUGAUAAGCUGGAACUCGGUGAUAUCGGGGUGUGUACAGUCUGGAAGGGCAAGCACAGCGUUUGAGGUUUUCCAUCAGAUGAAGCUAAGCGGUGGACCUAUGCCGGAUGCGAUUACAAUAGCAAGUUUGCUUGCUGGAUGCUCCCAGCUCUGUUGCUUGAAUUUCGGGAAGAAGCUUCAUGGUUAUACUCUUAGGAACAGUUUGGAAAACGAGAAGUUUGUUUGCACUGCUCUUAUUGAUAUGUAUGCUAAAUGUGGGAAUGUAGUACUUGCGGAGAGUGUGUUCAAGAGCGUAAAAGCUCCGUGCACAGCAACAUGGAACUCGAUGAUAUCAGGAUACAGCUUAUCAGGGUUGCAAAGUCGAGCACUUUCUUGCUACUUGGAAAUGCGGGAGCAGGGAUUGAAACCUGACAGGAUCACGUUUUUGGGGGUUUUGUCUGCUUGUACGCAUGGAGGCCUUGUGGAAGAAGGAAAAAUAUGUUUCAGAGAAAUGGUGAACGAGUUUGGAAUAUCUCCAAGUUUGCAGCAUUAUGCACUUAUGGUUGGUUUGUUGGGUCGAGCAUGUUUGUAUACAGAGGCAUUGAGUUUAAUCUGGGAGAUGGAUUUAAAGCCGGAUUCUGCAGUGUGGGGGGCUCUGCUUAGUGCAUGCAUUGUGAACAGAGAGGUCGAGCUUGGGGAAUAUGUAGCUAAGAAAAUGUUUAUGCUGGACUAUAGAAAUGGAGGGCUAUAUGUAUUGAUGUCAAAUCUGUAUGCAGCAGGAGAAAUGUGGGACGAUGUAGUCAGAGUCAGGAAGAUGAUGAAAGAUCAUGGCUACGAUGGUUACUUGGGAGUUAGUCAAACAUAA